AUGCUUGGAGUUUCCUCUGCUGAAUCAUUGUUAAACACUGUUUGGCUGAACAACACCAUUCAUUUUGGAAUGCGUGGUUGUCUAGAGCAUAGGGAUUUGUGCUGGGGAGAUUUAAAGCUCUGUAUAAAAGACGCACAAGGUAACGAAUAUCUAGUUUACAAUGAAAGACAGACAAAAACAAGGUCUGGAGUAGACGCCUCAAACGUUCGAAAAGUUUCCCCGAAAAAGCUUUCAACUGGUGAUGAACGAGAUCCUGUGGUGGCGUAACCUGAGAUCAGGCUCUAUUUUCAUUUCGCUUUGAAAAUUACAUUCCGGCGGGCAUGGCGAAACGAAAAGAAAGCCCAAUUUUAGCCGUUAAAGAGAAUGUAUGAGAACCGCGUACAAAAUUUACCGUGAAAAGCGACCGGAAAACAUGAUGGCUGACGAGGCGCCAUUCUACUUGGAAAUAAACCACACGAAAACAGACGGCUCCAAAACACACUGGUUCAAGUCGGCACCUAUGGGUGUAAAUAAAUUAAACACUUUGAUGAAAACAAUGGCUUCAAAAGCAAACAUCAACAACGAGCGACUCACCAACCAUCAGGGGCACCCAACGAGAAUAUAGUUCAAAACCACUUAAACAUAGCAUUGUUAAACGUAUUUUAGUAUAAAAAAAGGUAGAUAUAGGCAUAUUUUUAUCCCCUAAAACUUUUUCAUCUGUUCGGAUUUCCUACCUGAAAGUGUAGUGAUCCGAAAAUUAUAGAGAUCAAAACUUUCCUUUUCGAAAAUUUCAGCCUGGCAAAAAACUCCCGAAAAUUCUAGGUGAUAUUUUUAGGGUAAAAAUCCGUUAAAAAUGGGCAGUUAUACCAUUUUUUAGAUGUUCGAAAAUCCUAGGAGAGGCAGGCAAGCAAGAAAUUUCAAAACAAAUGUUCCGAAAAUUCUAGAUCUCAAAUCGUCUUCCGAACAGGUAUUUUCCGAAAAUUAAUGUUGGGUGCCCCUGAACCAUAGUGCUCGUAAACACAUGAUUCAAAAACUUAAUGACAGUGAAAUUCCGCCAACGCAUAUAAUGCAGUUAAAUGGGCACAAAAACGUGCAAAGCAUAACAAACUAUAGUAGCUUGAGCCUAAAUCAACAAAAAAAACAUAUCGGGUAUCUUAAGCCGAGCAUCGUCGCAAACACAAGUAACUACUGCAACUAA